GAUUUUUGGUCGUGGAAGGAAUUUACAUGAACACCGGGGAUCUGUGUCGUCUGCCGAGGAUCGUGGAGCUGAGAAGGCAGUUCAAGGUGCGACUGCUCGUCGACGAGAGCAUUUCCUUUGGGACACUCGGAAAGACCGGACGUGGAAUCUUCGAGCACUAUGGCAUCCCGAACUCGGAGGCGGAUUUGAUCACUGGAACGUUGGAAUACGCGCUGUCGAGCGUAGGGGGCUUCUGCGUCGGCACUUCCUUCAUCGUCGACAACCAACGCAUCUCUGGACAUGGCAAGUCUUCCUCGGGGUAUUGUUUCUCGGCGGCUCUCCCCCCACUGCUAGCAGCGGGAGCCCUGGCGGCCCUCGAAUACAUCGAAUCGAGUCGCGGGAUCGCAGCCAUCGAGAGACUCAGGCGGAACUGUCUUCAGGCGCACGUGGAGUGGGGGGAUGUGCCGGGGAUGGAGCUGGUCGGGGAUGCCGUGUCGCCGGUCAAGCACCUGCAGUUUAAGGACCGUUCGGAGAAUUUGAAAGAUGAUUCGAGAGCUCUGCAAAAGAUGGUCGACAGGGCAGAGGAGAUGGGGGUGGCCCUGACUUCAGCCUGCUACGUGGAGGACGAGGACGUGUGCAUGCCACCUCCGAGCAUCCGAUUGGUCGUCUCUUCCGCGCUGGACGACGCGGACAUCCGGCGCGUGGCCGACGUCCUUCGCCGGUCGGCUCCCCGGCGCGGUCGCUGA